GUUGCGAGAAAAAGAAGAAGGAAAAAAAAAAUCAUUUUUAGUAAAGAACACUGAACACUUCCAUUUCCCGCCUAUUAUCAGUCCAUUUAGGCCCUUUUCAGCCGUUUUCGCGCCCAUAUCAAUUACGAGAGAAGAAGAAGAGAGAUAGAGAGGGAGAAAUAAAAAUGGCAGUGGGAGCAACAAGGAAGAAAGUACUUCGAAAGUUUAAGUUAAGAGGCUACAUCUUACAAACAGAUGCCCUAGAAGAGAUUUUAUCAUUUUUAACCCAAUUUGAAGACGCUGAGGAUGAAGCAAUCAAUGUCCUUCUCGACGAAAUCAAUAAAGAAUCUCUCAACUCAUCUGUUCUCGAUAGAGAUUCUGUUCAUCGAGUCAUCAGUCUUCUACACGAAGCUGAAUCUGCUGUUGAAGCUAGCCCUAGUUCUAGUAAUCGUUCCCAUUUCAGAAUUGUUGAUUCCUUUAUAAUCCCUAAAUUUUGUUACGAUCCAAUCAAGAAAACUUUCUACGAGCGUACUGGAAAGCUUCCAAUACACGGUGAAGCUUCCUCUAAAGCUGCUUUAUACAGAGAUAGGUUUGAGUUGUUGCUUCAGAGGCUUUCUCGUGAUCCUCAUUUUGCAAAACCGGCUUUUGAUUCUGAAUUUAAUAGCUCUGAUAGCUGUGAGAUUUCUCCAAUUCAAUCUCUGAUUGGGCAGACGGGGAGGAGAUGGAUUAUGGGUGUAAUCUCCCAAUUAGAAGAUGGUCAUUUCUACUUAGAAGAUAUGACUGCAGCUGUACCAGUUAACUUAUCUAAUGCAAAGAUCACAACAGGUUUUUUUGUGGAGAACACUGUAAUUGUAGCUGAAGGAGAGCUGCUCCCAAGUGGUACCUUUCAGGUCAAUACAUGUGGGUUUCCCCCAUUGGAGGCCAGGGAUGAAUCAUUCUCUUUACUUGUAGGGCUAGACUUUUUUGGUUGUGGUGCAGUCCCAACAGAGGAAAUGCUUAGACUUUCAGAGUUGGAGAAGAAGGCUGUGAAUGACAUGUUUGUCAUCUUUUCUGAUAUUUGGCUGGAUGAUGCAGAGACUAUGGAAAAACUAGCCAUUGUACUGAAUGGUUAUGAGAAUGAGGCGGUGGUUCCUUCCUUGUUUGUCUUUAUGGGAAAUUUCUGCUCUCGUCCAUGUAACCUGGCUUUUAAUGCUUUCUCAAGUCUCAGAUCACAAUUUGGAAAGCUGGGAGAAAUAAUUGGGGCUCAUACCCGCUUAAUGGAGCAAAGCCAGUUCCUUUUUAUUCCAGGUCCGGAGGAUGCAGGUCCUUCAACGGUUUUGCCCAGGCCUGCGUUAUCCAAGUAUCUGACAGAGGAGCUUCAGAAGCAUGUUCCCAACGCCAUCUUUAAAAGUAACCCUUGCAGAAUCAAGUUUUACACCCAGGAAAUCAUCUUCUUCCGUCAAGACCUCCUUUAUAAAAUGCGCCGUUCCUGCCUGAUUCCCCCUUCAACAGAAGAAACCAGUGAUCCUUUUGAGCAUCUUGUUGCAACCAUAACUCAUCAAAGCCAUUUAUGUCCCCUGCCUCUCACUGUUCAACCCAUUAUCUGGAAUUAUGAUCAUUGCCUCCGCCUAUAUCCAUCCCCGCAUACGAUAGUGUUGGGGGACAGAAGUGAACAGAAGACAUUCGAAUACACAGGCACAACGUGUUUCAACACCGGCUCCUUCUCUAGUGACAGUACAUUCGCAGCAUACUUUCCUUGCAUGAAGAAGGUUGAAUUGUCAGCCCUGUAAAUGAUCUUACAGCAGAUCUUUCUAGUGCUAAUUGCAACGUCAGCAGGUUUAGUGUCAAAUUCAGAUAAUGAUAACCAUCCAAUAUUAUAUGUAUCUUCAGAGUUAGAAUUUGGAGUGAACUUCACACUUGUAUGAACUGUAAUAUUUAAUGUUGCCAAGAUAUGCAACUCAAAAUGAUUCAAACGAUAUGCAUGCCAAGCAUUUAACCCAUUAAUGUAACUGUGGAGGUUUAAUUGUUUUGCCAGUCUUCUGCUUC